GUGUCGAAAGGUACAUUUAUUUAUUUUUAUUUUUGAGACAGGGUGUUACUAUGUAGUUCUAAUUGCCCUAGAAUUCGCUGUGUAGUCUGGCUGGUCUCGAACUCACAGGGAUCCACCUGCCUCACAAGUGCUGGGAUUAAAAGCGUGGGUUGCCACGCCCGGUUAAACCGUACUUUUAAUUCGGUUUAUAAAAAAGUGUUGGUAACUGCUGGGAGAGGUCGAUGCUUUGACGUAAAAAGCAAAACAAAACAAAACAAAAGAAAAACAAAAUCAACAUCCCGGGCUCCCUACAACCUGGGGCAAUUUGUAUACAAUAUCAACAACAGAACUAACAAUGAAUGAAAAAUACCUAAGGUAAGGACCGGGCAUUCGGAGGCUCACAGCCCAUAGACAUACACACUAAAAGCCAAAGUAAGGAAGGCUCCUCUCCAUACGAAGGGGCGCGGGGAGGGAAACUGAGGCCAGGCGCUAGUUCCCACUCCCCGCUCUGCCCCCUCCUGCGAGCCAGACCCACAGCCAGGUCGUCUGGUGGCUGUGGCGUGCUGGAACCCGAGCCCAGUAGGCCUGGUGAACCGGGCUGUCGCCCGGUCCCCUCCUCUGCCUUCCCCUCCCUCUCCGGACCUCUCCCACGACCAGAGAGGAAGUGGGAGAGAAAAGGACAAGGGGGUUAAAAAAAAAAAAGGGAAAAAAGGAAAACAAAAGCCGUUGGGUUGCUCCGCACUUUCCCACUCCCCACCUCCGUCCUGCCCGGCGCGGCGCCCCUGCGAGGGUCCCGGUCUACGCCCCACACCAGCCGGGCCAGUCAGCCGGCUGCAGGGAAAAUUACAAGGCCUGGAAAACAACCGUCCUUCCCCGCCCCUCGCCAACCCCUUCCCCGCGCUACGCCCCUGGCACAGCCGGGUGGAGGCGACUGUUUUAUGUAAUCGCGGGGCGGCAGGUUUGCUGGCUGGCUGUACCGGUGAGGGCGGGACCCCCGAGCUCAGCUGACACCUCGCGGCCCUGCAAGUCUCCCCCUCGGGGGUCCCCGGUGUCGCGGAAGAUGGCUGGCGGCGUGGACGGCCCCAUCGGGAUCCCGUUCCCAGACCACAGCAGCGACAUCCUGAGCGGCCUGAAUGAGCAGCGGACUCAGGGGCUGCUGUGUGAUGUGGUGAUCUUGGUGGAGGGACGUGAGUUCCCCACGCAUCGCUCGGUGCUGGCCGCCUGCAGUCAGUACUUCAAGAAGCUGUUCACUUCGGGCGCUGUCGUGGACCAGCAGAACGUGUACGAGAUUGACUUUGUGAGCGCCGAGGCGCUGACGGCGCUCAUGGACUUUGCCUACACAGCCACGCUCACGGUCAGCACGGCCAAUGUGGGCGACAUCCUGAGUGCGGCCCGGCUGCUGGAGAUCCCGGCCGUGAGCCGAGUGUGCACUGACCUGCUGGAGCGCCAGAUUCUUGCGGCCGACGAUGUGGGGGAUGCGGGCCAGCCCGAUGGGGCGGGUCCCACGGACCAGCGCAACCUGCUGCGUGCCAAGGAGUACCUGGAGUUCUUCCGCAGCAACCCCAUGAAUAGCCUGCCCCCCACUGCCUUCCAGUGGCCUGGCUUCAGUGCCCCCGAUGACGACCUGGAUGCCACCAAGGAGGCAGUGGCUGCCGCUGUGGCUGCUGUGGCUGCAGGUGACUGCAAUGGCUUAGACUUCUACGGCCCAGGGCCUCCAGCUGAUCGGCCCCCAACGGGCGAUGGGGAGGAGGGUGACAGCACCCCAGGGCUGUGGCCUGAGCGGGAUGAAGAUGCCCCGCCUGGGGGGCUCUUCCCGCCUCCUACUGCCCCGCCAGCCACUACACAGAACGGCCACUAUGGCCGUGCAGGGGCCAGCACUGGUGAGGAAGAAGCAGUGGCGCUCUCUGAGGCCGCCCCUGAGCCGGGUGACUCCCCGGGCUUCCUGUCAGGUGCUGCAGAAGGCGAGGAUGGGGAUGCCGCUGAUGUGGACGGGCUAGCGGCCAGCACACUGCUACAGCAGAUGAUGUCGUCCGUGGGCCGGGCAGGGGACAGUGAUGAGGAGUCCCGCCCGGACGACAAGGGUGUCAUGGACUACUACCUGAAGUACUUCAGCGGAGCCCAUGAGGGUGAUGUGUACCCGGCCUGGUCACAGAAGGGCGAGAAGAAAAUCCGGGCCAAGGCCUUCCAGAAGUGCCCCAUUUGCGAGAAGGUGAUUCAGGGCGCAGGCAAGCUGCCCCGGCACAUCCGCACGCACACCGGCGAGAAGCCCUAUGAGUGCAACAUCUGCAAGGUCCGCUUCACCAGACAGGACAAGCUGAAGGUGCACAUGCGGAAGCACACGGGUGAGAAACCGUACCUGUGCCAGCAGUGCGGCGCGGCCUUCGCACACAACUACGACCUGAAGAACCACAUGCGGGUGCACACAGGGCUGCGACCGUACCAGUGUGACAGCUGCUGCAAGACCUUCGUGCGCUCCGACCACCUGCACAGACACCUCAAGAAGGACGGCUGCAAUGGAGUCCCCUCGCGCCGUGGCCGCAAGCCCCGCGUGCGGGGUGUGCCACCUGAUGUCCCCUCCGGGGCUGGCGCACCCCCCGGGCUCCCGGAUGCUCCACGCAAUGGCCAGGAGAAGCACUUUAAGGACGAGGAGGAGGACGAGGAGGAGGCCAGCCCUGACGGCUUGGGCCGCCUGAAUGUAGCGGGCAGUGGAGGAGACGAUGGUGCGGGUGGCCCCACGGUGGCCGCCACUGAGGGUAACUUCGCAACCUGACUCGUAUUAAAACAAACCAAAAACAAAACAAAAAACUAAGAACAGAGAGAAACCACCACCCACCCCCAGCACCACAAGUAAGCAGUUCUCUGUCCAGACGCCCUCCAUCCAUCCGCGCGGACAUGUGUGCGUGUAUAUACCAUGGCCGCGGGCGCCUGCCUUUCUCAGAUCCUUAGGAUGUGGCCCCAUCUGCUCCUGUGCCCCUCGCCCCGUCCACCCAGAGGUCCCACCCAGGGGCCCAGCCUGCUCCUGCUAAGGCGAGGGCGAUAGGGUCGCCAGGACAGGCGCCCAGCUCCUUGCUGGUUGGUUUUAGGGGGUCUUAGACAGACCUUAAAUGCUCUGUCCACUAUGAGUGGACGUUAAAAUGGUCCCCAGCUCCCCACCCUCCUUCCUCAGGGCACUUACUAAAAGAGGGGGGUGUCCCCUCGGGCUCCCUCCCCGCCUGUGGCCUCACAUCUCUGCACAUCCACCAUGGCCACCACUGACAUACAAAUCUAUUUAUUCCCAAGCCUGGAUGGCCAGAGCGGGGAUUUGGGGGGCUGCUGGGGUCCCUGCCACCCUCUUUCACGGCACUUAGACCUGACGGGGUCCUUGGGGCCACUGCUCAGGGCGACCCCCCCCAACCUUCCCAUCUCUGCUUGGCCAUGCCCCACCCUGUGUUCAGAGAUUGAAAAUUCGUCGUUACCCCGCGCCCCACUUUUUAAGGCACUUUUUAGAUCUAUUUCCCCUUUUCUCCUUAAAGACAGUUUAUAUAGAGAUAUAUAUAGAGAGAGAUAUAUAAAAUAUUCUUUUCCUCAGAGGAGCCGGCAGCAGUUGUGGGUGGACGUAGCCAAGAUCAGAGGUAACCCCAGGAACUCAGGCAGAGACAGGCGAGGGAGCGAGAGAAAGGCCACAGCUUAAUGUCACAAAACAGCAAUAAAACCCCAAGACUUUAGAAACACGAAAACAGAACAUUAAAAAAAAAAAAAAAAAAAAAAAAAAGGGCAAAAGCGGCGACGGCCAUGUGGGGAUCUUGGCACUUUGUAACUGAACGGGUACUUUUCAUUCUUAACUUAAGAAAUGUUUACAAGUUGCACCCAGCUUCUAUGAAAAAUUGGAGAGAGGGAGAGCAGUGGGAAGUAACUAAGUCAAUUUAUUUUUGUAUAAAAUAAAAGAACCCCAACCCAUUGCUCCGGUAGAAUCCGCUUGCGUUCCCAAGACUCAGGGCGGGGCGUCCAGGGCGCCACGGGAAGGGACCCGGGUCCGCUUGGCCUGCCUCCGGGGCUCCCUGAGUCUGCCAGGGGCCCCUGUUUCCCAGGUUAUUUUAAUUUUCUCUCUGUAGGAGACCACAGGCCUGGGAGCCGCAGGCCACCUGUCCUGUCCUUCCCAGCUCAGGGAUGUCCCCGAGAGAGGGCUGGUCCUCGGCUAGCCAGACCCCGUGCCCCCGUGUGGUUCCCCCUCCCCGUGUGGUGGUCCCCUUCCUAGGCACCCCCUCUUUUUAUUCAAAGGCACUGACUGUAACCCAGGGGCUAGCACCUGAGCCCCCCACACUCUAAACUCUGGCUUCCCCAAAAGGCUCGGUGUUGACUGAGCCACAGGCCACGGACAGGGGUUGGGGUUGGGGGACAUGGGUGCCAGCACACCCCCAUGUCAAACCUUGUGGCCAAGGUAGAACCAAACUUGGGACCUUGUCCAUGUAUACUCUGCCGAGCCCUUUCCAGUGCAUGCCGGCGGGGUAGAGGGUCCUGUGUCCCCAUCUGACAAAUGUUUCUUUGGUUUUAAAGGGAAGCUCUUUCAGAAGGCCUCUUUCCAGUUUCUAGCAGAGGGGUUUUCCUUUCUAACCCCGUCUACUGCGCGACACCCCCCCCCCCCCGAUGUCUCAGGAUCCCCCCUUGGGGCCAGCAGAAUGGGCCCAGGGGCGGGGUGGUGCUGGCCUCCCCUUGCACCCUACUUUCGCACUGAGCUGUCCUGGGAACUGCUGUGGAGGCCAAGUUGGUCCCCAGUCCCCCAUUCUCAGACAGGUCAGCCCCUCCAUCCUCUCGCAAUAAAACCAACUUUAAUCACAUGUCAUCCUGGCCAGCGGCCACUAGUCUUGGGGUGGAUGGAGCCCUUGGGGACUAUGGUAGGGCGUCCCGUAGCCCGCCAGCGACACCGCAGAUCCCUUAGGGAUUGCACUAAACCCUUGCCCCUCACUCUGCACCCAGCUUCUGCCCACCCACACCCACCUUGCCUUAACCGCCAGCCCGUCCCUAGGGGGCCGCAGCCACAGCAUGGGCCCAGCGCCGGGACAUCCCCAGCCCCCUAAAGGCCCUCCCCAAACCCCCCCCAUAUACUGCAAUCACAUACUGUAUAUAGAAUGUGGAUCGAUUUUUACAAAUUUUUAUUCUUUAAAUUAAGGCCGUGAUAAAAGUUGCCAAAGAGAAUUGUGGAAUUCACUAGAGGUUUGAGCAGAGGGUGCUAUAGAAAGGUUUUAUUUGGUUGUUUGGGGUGUGUGUGUGUGUGUGUGUGUGUGUGUGUGUGUGUGUGUGUCCCCUUUUUUUUUUUUUUUAAACUGCCUGGUACCAAUAACAAAAAGAAAAAGAAGAGAAAUUUGUUACUUCCAUUAUGGUGAAUUUGCGUGUGUGUGAGUGUGUGAGACAGAAGGGCCCAGGCUGUGGGGUUCUGGGGACCCCAGUGCUGGGGAGGUGACCAGCCUGCAGCUGGCACCAGCCUGUGACCUGAACAAGGCCACCCCUGCUGAGUAGUUGCUGCUCUUUGCCUUCCUGUCCCUACAGGCCUUUGGAGAUUAAGAAAAAAAAAAAAAAAAAGGCAAAAAAAUAAAAAAAUAUAAAAAUAAAAAUAAAAAGCAAAACCCUAUAUAUCUACAGAAACCAAUGAAUGUAAACGGCAGAGCAGGCCCCGCCAUGCUGGGCUCCAGUGGUAGAACCAAAGUGGGUGCCCUGGGGUGCUCAUUUAGGAGGACCCCCGAGUGGCCACCACCCUGUCACCCUUUUGAGCACAGCUGACCCGAGGGUGCUCUGGUGGGUCCCCUUGGGUAGCCAGGGAAUGCUGCCGCUGUGGCAGGCACAAUGGCAGCCUGGAAGUCCAGGCGGAAACUGGGCUGGUCGUUCAGGGGAAGGCAGUGUGAGUAGCAGGGUGUGUAGGAGGGACACAGGCUGAAAGGAAAAAUAGAAAAAAACAAAAAAACCACAAAAACCAACAAAAAAAGAAAAAGCAAAAUCCUAUUUUUUGAGAAAGAAAGAUAUUUAUAUUUGCAGUUUUAUUUUAAAAAGUUAUUUAAGCUGAGGAAACAGCCUUCCCGGAGGUGGGGGUGGCUGGCACCGGACGGGUCAGGGGUCUUGGGGGGCUCCUCACCCCAGAAAUGAUUAUCUCAGUUCAGAACUAGCUCGCACUAAAUAUAUACUGAUUUACCUUUGUGGGGGGGCAGGGAGGCCAAGAGACAGAGGGCCAGGGGAAUCCCACCCCAAGCCCAGAACGAGGUGCCUUGGAAUUUGGGGCCCCAGGCCUGGUGCAUGGGGGUCCAGAGCACAGAACAGACAUUCCACUGACCGGAUGUAAGAAUCUUUAUAAAAAGUGUGGGAGGCAGAACGAAAACAAAUCAACUGAUUAAAGAAAAAUGCACUUUUUGGGGGUGGGGGGACAAGCUUUAAAAGUAAUUAAAAAACAACAAAAGAUUAUGAAAAAUCCGAAAAAAUAGAAUUCAUUUUUCUUGUACAUAAAAGAGAAAAACCCAACCACUAAAUGCAGCCUGUUACGAUA